CCAAAACAACACUCCCCUUUCAUUGUCUCUCUCACCUUCACCCUCUUCUUAUACAUUCCUUUUCCAAAACCUCGAUCACUCUCAAACCAAACCAACAACAACAAUGGCAUUGCAAUUGUUCUCCCCCAACCCAGAACAACAACAAGAAGAUGCUGCAGACACACUCAUCAAGCUCGAAUCAGCAUGUUCUGACAUGAGAUCCCUCCUCCAAUCCUCAGAAAAAAUGGAACAAAACUUGGAAACCAUGGAAACAAGGCAUGAUCUUUUACAAGGAACACUCUCAUCAGCAUCCAGAAAGAUCGCCCCUCUACAAUCCUUAGCCAUGUCGAGAAAAGCACUCGACACAAGAAUACACAGAGCAAUUUCCCCUGCUCUUGCACUGCUUCAAACUUUCAAGCUUGCAGAGUCACUCCAAAAUGACCUCCUUGAUCUCUCAACAAAACUCUCAGAAGAGAACACACAUCAGAAAAGGCUCCACAAGCUUCUAGAUUACAUGGAUUGCGUUGAUCGGUUAAACGAGGCGAUUAACGCGAUAUGCCGAGACGUUGAGCCGGUGAUUCAGAAGCUUCAAGAGGUGGUGGAGUUCAUAAGCAGAACAAAAGCUGCAGAUUCAUACAGAACGCAGAGGCUGAGAGAGGCGCUGGUUACUCUCAAGGCGCUUUAUGAGACUGAGGUGGAUGAGAUGAGGUUUGAGGGUUUGCUUGAUCAGGCUUUGGUUCACAUGCAAGAUGAGUUUGAGGCUCUGUUGCUGAAGAUGAAGCAUAGGAAGCUAGGAGACAUGUCACAAGAACAUGUUGGCAAUGGCACUGAGGUUGUUAAGGUUGCAUGUGAUUUGGGAUCAGAACUGGAAAUUGAAGUCUUGAGACGAAUUUCAAACAUUCUUGCCAACAAUGAUUGCCUGGAUAUAUGCAUUGACAUAUACGUUAAGGGGAGAUAUAGAAGGGCUGCAAAAGCAUUGAUGAAGCUAAGCCCUGAUUACCUGAGAACAUACACACCAGAAGGAAUCGAUGAAAUGGAGUGGGAAAGCUUAGAGACCGCAAUAACCCUUUGGAUCCAACACCUUGGAGUUGCUGCUAACAAGGUCCUCCUCUCAGAAAAGAAACUCUGUGAGAGGGUCUUGGGUGAAACUAUGGAAGGACUAGUCUGGCCUGAGUGCUUCGUGAAAAUUUCAGACAAGAUCAUGGCUGUGUUUUUUCGGUUCGGAGAAGGUGUUGCCAGAAGCAGCAAGGAGCCUCAGAAGUUGUUCAAGUUGUUAGACAUGUUUGAAUCAAUGCAGAAACUCAAACCCCAAAUCAUGGAAAUCUUUGAUGGUGAAGCUGGAGUGGACAUUUGCACAAGGUUUAGAGAGCUUGAAAAGCUCAUUGUUGAUGCUUCAAGCAAAGUUUUCUGGGAGUUUGGUCUCCAAAUUGAAGGAAAUUCUGAAGGCCUUCCACCGCCACAAGAUGGCUCUAUUCCAAAACUUGUGAGAUAUGUCGUCAACUACCUCAAGUACCUUGCCACAGCGAAUUACAGAGCAACCAUGGCUGAAGUUCUCGGAACAGAACAAAUAUGGAAAACAGGGGUGUUCGCGAAACCUGAGGAAGACGAUGAGGGUUUACUAAAGCAUGCCAUUUCCAAUGUCAUGGAGGCACUUCAAAGAACCAUUGAUUCCAAACGCUCUGUUUGCAGGGACAAGAUUUUGAUCAACAUAUUCAUGAUGAACACGUAUUGGUACAUGUACAUGAGAACAAAAAACACAGAGCUUGGUGAGUUGUUGGGUGAGGAUUACAUGAAAGGUGGUUACAAAGCAGUGGCAGAGGAAUCAGCUUACUUGUACCAGAAGCAAGCAUGGGGAGUUUUGGUGAGGAUUUUGGAUGCAGAGGAUCUCAGGGAACAGGGGAAGGGAAGCAUUGGAAGAUUGGUGGAACAGAAGAUUGAGACAUUUUUCAAGUGUUUGGAUGAUAUUUGUGAGAGGCACAGAGUGAUUUAUAGCAUACCAGAUGCUGAUUUGAGGGAACAGAUGAGGGAAGCAACCAUGAAGCUUGUGGUUUCUGCUUAUGCAGAGUUCUUGGAGUCUUACUCUGGAUUGUUGCAGAGGAAAGUGUAUCCGAGUCCUGAGAGGGUGCAAGGGAUGUUGAGGAGGGCUUUUGAUGGUGGUGAUGGGAAAUUGAAGAGGAGGAACACUACUCCUAAUGAUAGGAAUGGUGGACAUAAUUCUAUGGAAGGUGAUAAUAGAUGGUCCAGAUAAGGGAUCAAUCUCACCAGAGACUUCUUUUCUUUUUUGUGUAAGCACAUGUAUCUUCUCUACAAGAAGUAAUAUGGCUCGAGGUGGUAAUAUCUACACUACACCUCAAGACUCAAGUCGAUACAUUGCUUAAGAAAAAUGAAAUAUGCACAACUUGAAACAGUCAUAUGUUGAUUUCACUAAGAACAUUGUUUUUGUUUUUU